AUGACUAUUCCUCCUGGGCAACAAGACCCAUACAGAAAUAGAAAACAAGGUCUUUCACAAAAUGUAAUGGUUGCUUGUGACUUUGACAUGAAGUUUGUGCAUGUACAUGCUGGAUGGGAGGGAUCUGCAUCAGAUACAAGGGUUUUGCAAGAUGCACUAGACCAUGGAUUCAAUGUACCGCCUGGAAAAUUUUAUCUUGUAGAUGCAGGUUAUGCAAAUACACCCCAAUUCAUUGCUCCAUACCGAGGAACUAGAUACCAUUUACAAGAACACGGAAGAUUUCAGCAAAGGCCACAGUGCUACAAGGAGUUAUUUAACCUUCGACAUGCACAGCUAAGAAAUCACGUCGAAAGAAUUAUUGGCAUACUGAAAGCAAGGUAUCCCAUACUAAAGGCAGCUACAAUGUUUGAUAUUGACACACAAGUUGAUACUGUUGUAGCGUGUUGUGUAUUGCACAAUUUCAUAAGGCUACACAAUGGAGAUAUGACACUGCCUAAUAGAGCUACAAUGGAUGUUAAUGAAAGCAAUAUGAAGGAUGUACCAGAUGGAGAUGUCAAAUACAAAAAAGAUGUGAUUGUAUUUAACAACUUGAGACAAGCUGGAAAUGAGAUGCGAGAUGCCAUGGCAAUGCAAAUGUGGGCAGAUUACAUUGCUAGAAGAUAA